GUUUAGAACCUGUCCUAUUUUUCCCUCAAUUUUUUAGUUACUUUUUACAGAUUAUAGGGAAUUUGUAAAUUUAAAUGUUUUUUCUAACCUUAAAUUAUUGUCGGUAUUAGUUCUUCGUCAGCGGCAGCAAGUGUUUAAUAAAAUAAAAUUAUAAUCAUUUUUAUUAGUUUAUGUUAAAAGGUGAAAAUGUCUUGGAGCCAAGAACAAGUCUUACAACUUAUCGACCUGUAUAAAGCUAGACCCUGUUUGUACGCCGUCAAAACAACCGAAUAUAAGAACAAGCACAUGAAAUUAACAGCUUAUCAGGAGAUAGAACAAGGUCUACAGAGUCUUCGCCCAAAAACAACAACAGGGGAAAUUAAAUCUAAAAUAAAUGGUUUGCGAACAAACUUUCUAACGGAACAUCGUAAAUAUAAAUCGUCAUUAAAUAGUGGUGCUGGUGCAGAAGAGGUUUAUUAUCCGACGUUAUGGUAUUAUGAACACAUGUUGUUCAUUAUAGACCACACAAAUCCACGACCAGCAGUUGAUUCAAUAGCCACCCAACAAACUGCAGAGGACAACAGCCAGGUAUAUUAUGACGAAGAAAGUGACACAUUCUUUCAAGACGACGAUCAGUUUCAAAUUGAGUAUGUAGAUGAAGGUGUGUCUGACACUCCUGUAUCUGGUUCGUCUACACCAAUUUUGUCAACACAUUCAGUAAGCCAACAACCGCACAAUGUAAACAACAAAAGGAAAAGAAAAAUGGAUGAUGCAUCAUUAAUAACAACUGCGAAUGACACAAUGGGAAAAUUAGCCGUGGCAAUUGGGGAUAUUGCAACACAACGCACACACAACAAACCAUUAGAACGAGACCAUUUGAACAUUUUUGGAGAUUUUGUAGUUAGCCGGCUGAGAAUGUUAGUAGAUAGGAAUGUUUUGAAUGAUACGCAAGAACAAAUUGUGCAACUUCUAUUCAAUGCAACUAGAGACUAGGACUCAAUUAAGAAAUAUCUCAUUUAUAAUGAUAAUGACUAAUAAAAAUAAAUUCCACAACAAUGUUUAUUACAACCUCCAUUUGAAAUCAAGAUCA